AUGGCGCAAACAAUAUCGGACGUUCGUGAUUUUGUCACAGCUAAGGCUACUGAAGCCAUUGAAUCAGUUUCAAAUGCUUUAAAUCCACGUAAAGUUGCUUUAAUUACUGGUAUUACAGGACAAGAUGGAAGUUAUCUUGCUGAAUUUUUACUCGAUAAAGGAUAUCAGGUUCAUGGUAUUAUUCGACGUUCAAGUAGUUUUAAUACUGGUCGCAUUAAUCAUCUUUAUGCAAAUCCAGAAUCACAUACAGAAGGAGCUAUGAAAUUACAUUAUGGUGAUUUAAAUGAUAGUUCAUCACUUGUUAAAAUCAUUUAUACUGUUAAACCAAGUGAAAUUUAUAAUUUAGGAGCUAUGAGUCAUGUGAAAAUUUCAUUUGAAUUAAGUGAAUAUACAGCUGAUGUUGAUGCUCUUGGUACACUACGCAUAUUAGAUGCUAUUCGAAUAUGUGGUCUUACAAAUGAUGUACGUUUUUAUCAAGCAUCGACAUCUGAACUUUAUGGAAAAGUUCAAGAAAUACCACAAAGUGAAACAACACCAUUCUAUCCUCGAUCACCUUAUGCUGCUGCUAAAUUAUAUGCAUUUUGGAUAACAGUUAAUUAUCGUGAAGCAUAUAAUAUGUUUGCUGUUAAUGGAAUCCUUUUUAAUCAUGAAUCACCUCGACGUGGUGAUAAUUUUGUUACAAGAAAAAUUACUCGAGGUGUUGCCAAAAUUCAUCUUCAUCAACAAGAAAUACUUGAACUUGGUGCAUUAGAUUCCAAACGUGAUUGGGGACAUGCACGCGAUUAUAUCGAAGCUAUGUGGUUAAUGUUACAACAAGAUGUACCUGAAGAUUUUGUUAUUGCUACCGGUGAAACGCAUAGUGUACGAGAAUUUGUCGAAGCUGCAUUUAAAGAAAUUGGAAAAGAUAUUGUAUGGGAAGGUGAAGGUAUAAAAGAAAUCGGAAAAGAAAAAGAUACUGAUAUUCUUCGUGUUAAAAUCAAUGAAAAAUAUUUUCGACCAACGGAAGUCGAACUUUUAAUUGGAAAUCCUAAAAAAGCUGAAGAAAAACUUAAAUGGAAACCAAAAAUUACUUUUACCAAUUUAGUUAAAGAAAUGGUCGCUGCUGACAUCGAACUUAUGAAAAGAAAUCCAAUUGCCUAA